AUGGCAACUGCAACUAUGGCAACAGCAGCUGGAGCAGCUGCUCUUCUAUAUUACACGUUAAACCGGAAAUUAAUAGCCGGUCCAUCAGAUGUUGACGAUGAGAAUUCGGAAGCUUCUACUACUACUACCACCACUCGCACUUCUUUGAGGAUUGACCGUGUUUCGCAUAGACUUAUUCAAGCUCCAGCUACUUGGUUGGAGACAAUUUCUACUCUCUCUGAGACUCUUCGUUUUACUUACUCCGAGACUCUAGGGAAGUGGCCAAUUGGAGAUCUUGCUUUUGGGAUCAAUUUUCUCAUCAAGAGGCAGGGACUACUACAUGUUGAUCGUGUCUUUGGUGGUGAAGAGAGUAUAGAGCUCAAAGGACCAGAAGUAGCUAACGAACUCAGAUAUUAUUUGCACUUGUUGACUCUGUGCUGGCAUUUCUCCAAGAAGCCAUUUUCGUUGUUCUUGGAAGAGACCGGCUUUACAAAGGAAGACGUUCUUAUUCACGAACCUAAAGCUGGGAUAUUGAAGCCAGCUUUUACAGUUCUUGUGGAUCACAAUACAAAUUGUUUUCUAUUGUUGAUCCGUGGAACGCAUAGCAUCAAGGACACCUUGACAGCUGCGACAGGAGGAAUCGUGCCGUUUCACCAUACUGUUGUAAACGAGAGAGGGGUCAGCAAUUUGGUCUUAGGAUAUGCGCAUUGUGGUAUGGUUGCUGCUGCUCGGUGUAUAGCAAAACUUGCCACUCCUUGUCUUCUCAAGGGCCUUGAGCAAUAUCCAGAUUACAAAAUCAAGAUCGUUGGGCACUCUUUGGGCGGUGGAACUGCUGCACUUUUAACUUAUAUUUUGCGGGAGCAGAAAAUGCUCUCUACAGCUACUUGUGUUACAUUUGCUCCAGCUGCUUGUAUGACCUGGGAGUUAGCUGACUCUGGGAACGACUUCAUCGUAUCUGUCAUAAACGGAGCUGAUCUGGUGCCUACAUUUUCUGCUGCAUCAGUGGACGACCUGCGCGCUGAGGUAACAGCAUCUGCUUGGCUAAAUGAUUUGAGAAAUCAAAUUGAACGGACUCGGAUCCUCAGUACGGUUUAUCGCUCAGCGACAGCUUUAGGAUCACGACUUCCAUCUAUGGCCACUGCCAAAGCAAAAGUUGCUGGCGCUGGUGCAAUGUUACGCCCAGUUUCUAGUGGCACACAGGUUGUGAUGAGAAGAGCUCAGAGUAUGUUGACCCGUCCUGCACUAAGCUUAUCUUCUUGGUCAUGUAUGGGACCCCGGCGCAGAGCCCCUGCUUCUCAAUCAAACUCGGAACAUCGGUUAGAGUCUUCUGAAGCAAUGUCCGAAGAUAGACCCGAGACUUCAGAUCCUCUUCUUGUUACCACGUCAAGUGAUUAUAUGGAAGAAGAAAUCACCGAUGUUGAGUGUUCUAAUGACGAUGACACAUCUCCUUGUAUAGGAGUCGCUGAUCUAGACGAGUGCGAGGAUCCAGCGGAAAUCGAUACAUGCGAAGAGCGAAUGACUGAAGCUGAGCUAUGGCAGCAGCUGGAGCAUGACCUUUACCACGACGAUACUUCAGAGCUGCCUGAAGAAGCCGAUGUGGCGAAAGAAAUCGAAGAAGAAGAAGAAGCCGUCAUAGCAGAGGCUGGUGUGGCACAGCCAGAGAUAAGGACGUCUGAGAUGAAAGAAUCUCACAGGUUCCUCCCGCCGGGUAAAAUCAUGCACAUUGUCACGGUCCGGCAUGAGGCCAUGGAGGCUAACGAAGAAGAAGAAGAAAACGGAUCUGCCAUCGAGAGGCAUGAGACGGUGGAGGAAGGUAGAGUAGGAAUCUUUCUGACGCCGAGGUCUUUGUAUAGUAAAGUGAGGUUAUCGCAGAGGAUGAUAAGCGAUCAUUUCAUGCCUGUUUACAGACGACAGAUCGAAGCGCUUAUACAAGAGCUAACAACAGUUGAACAAACUUGA